CAACAGUCGCCGGCAGAGCGAACGGGCGCGCAUUUUGGUGUCAUGUUAUUUCAUGUUUUGAGCGUUUUCAGUAAUGUAGUUUUUAAAAGUUUAAUUUUAUUGUUAAAGUAAUCAUACUUAUAAAAUGGCUCCAAACGUAGCGGCUGCUAUAAUAAAACUUGGGCAACAGAAGAAGAACGAUGAACUGAAGGAGAUCUUGGAACGAAUUCCAAACAAGGAGCUGACCGAUUUGGUAGCAUCGAACAUAGUUUCCACUGAUGGAUUCACAUUAUGGCACUUUAUUCUACUGGGAUUGGCUCAUUCGAGCAAGUCCAAAGAGAAACGGUUCCAAGUUACUAUGGCCGUACUUAACAAGCUGAACAGUGUCGAACUGAACACGAAGUUGGUGUUUGACAUCGUGUCUCGUUUGGUUCUGGACUUGCCCAAGUACGGCUCGGAACAGCUGGUAGAAAUUAUGGAGUAUUGCGUGGAGUCAAUCCGCGCCGGAGAUCCCAAAUGCAUGGGAUGGAAGGAUCUGUUCCCGGAGGUAUUGAAACUACUGAACGAGCAGGUGGGAAAGUUCAGCGCGAAUGGAUUCAUUAUGACCGGGAAUGAAUAUCGGAAAAAAGUCUUAGACGAUUUGUUCAAGAUGAAGAUCCAGAAUUCUAUAUUGACCUCGUUCACGGGUAUGUUCCGAGAAGUGCAGCUGAGCAGGGAAGAAACGACACAAGCAGUAGGGAAGGUUUGCGAUGCCAUACGAGGAUUCGAGCCAUUAGAGAUUCCGGCGUUGGCAUUUCAGCUGUUCCACUUGUGCUUGAAGUACAAUAGCUUGCUGGUGCUACCAAUCUACGCAAUGCAAAAGUAUUUUUACAAGCACUACUACAAGAAAAUGCUGUCUAACGACGGAGGUGACAGUACGGAUUUCGAUAGCAUUGAACCUGUCUCGGACAAGGAGAUACGCGAAGCGGAAGAAACUAUUCUGUACCACUUGUCCAACGUCACGGAGUUCCGUUUGGAUGAGUCCCAGGUGGUGGCAAUGUUUAGGCCAUUCGCAAACAUUCCAGAGUUCCUACUGACACCGUUCGUUAUCAGUGCCCUCAUUGCCAUGAGUAAGAUCAAUCGCAUGCCGGACACCAUGAAGGUGGUGCACUCGCAGGUGAUGUCGUUCCUGGUCAAACUGGUGGCCGAGAACGAAAGCGAGAAAGAUCUUUGUCGACAAUCGGCCUGGUGCCGGGGAAGGAUCGAAACUAGUGCGGUCCCGGAUGUGGAACGCAUUUUGGCCAUUAUGACUGAACACAGCCAGGAUGGAAUGGAAGUGGUCACACCAGGGGUGAUUCAUCUAGCCUUCGCUUUGUUGAUCACAAAGAAGCAACCCAAGCUGCACAAGAUUGCGAUUUCAUUCCUGCAAAAUUUUGUCAAAAAGCGAUUCAUCUUCGGAAAUGGAAUCGUAGGGAAGCUGAAACAGUAUUUAUUUGCCGAACUGGACGCGAAACAGUUUUCGGAGUGUUUAAACACGCUGAGUCUGACCAGUGCGCUGACUUUGUCGGAGUGUACCAGUUCGAUUAACUACAUUCUGGAAUACUUGAUUUUGAUCGACGGUUUCCAUUCGAUGCGCAUCGUGACAUUCCUUUUCCCACUGAUUCGGAUUUCCCACACCAUUCGUGAUGCAUUCAUAGAAGUGCUCCGUAAGGCCAUGUACCACAGUGAGGCGCAUACGAGAAUGAUGGGCGUUUUCGGUUUCUGUGCCUUGCUGAAGCAGCUCAAGAAUAACAACUCGAGACGCGCCGUGCUCGGAGGUUCUGCUGGCAAUCUGACACAGCUGUCGAUUUCGGGAAUGUCACUGCUGUCGCAGUCUACGCUGGGACGGGCGGACAAUCCCGACAUGCACUUCGACAUGCUGACGUUGGAGAUUUUGGGAAUCUUGAGACGCUGCUUCACACAAACGGUGGAGAUUCGCGAACUCAUGUACAGAAGCCUUGGUCGGGCAGUGGAGUUCAAUGGAAAAUUACUGCCACAUGUGCUGCAGUUCAUCGAUUGGCACUUCAGCAGCUGUUUCAACGAAUCGCUGGAAGGAACGCUAGAGAUUGAUUUUGAAAAGUGCGUCCGAUAUCGAUGUGACGAUAAUGACGAUGGCGAUUCCGAGGAGGAACAACAGCAACAGUUGGAUGUUUACGAUAAUAUAGGAACAUUGACUAGCUUUAUAGUGCACUGUGUGGUUCUUUGUGAGCAACAGCACGUUGAAUACGACACUGACGGCGUUAGGAAGCAUCUGGACAACAUUGUUGAACAAAUUGAAAAGAUCACGCUGGAUAGCCUGGAGAUAAUUGGAACAUUGGAUGCAAAAACCUGCGUAAUAGGAUGUCAUUAUUUGAACACAAUCGAGGCUGGUAUGGCUUAUUGUAUUUGGAGCGCAAAGUCCGACAACAGCUAUCUAAAGAAUUUACUGAAACUGUUCAAACAUCAUCAGAUCAGCUACGAUAGAAUAAAGAAAAUGGAACCCAAGAGAGGGGGUAGGAAAGGAAACAAUGAAACGAUAGCACCAACUGCAGCUGCCGGAGGAAUCGUCAAAGGAGUUAUAUUCAAGCCUGAGAAUAUCUGGGAAUUAGCCACCGCUGAACGUUUGCUGAAAAUUCUUUUUGAUGAUUCGACCAGCUACGCUUCGCAACAGGACCUAGAAGCCGUACGAUCACAUCGUGAGUUGCUUCAGUAUGCUGUGAAAACUGCUUCCGACAAAAUGGAAGCACUUCGAAACACUCCUGACUAUUGGCAAAUCGCGCAUAGCAAACGUAUUUUUGGUCAUUUGUGCGAGUGUGGAAAAAUCAUCUACGAUCGUUGUGUCAGGAAAACGAACGAACUUUGUAGUAAUGGCAAUGUGCAAGUUGCUUUAUACGCUGGAGAAGCUUUCCGGCAGGCUCUUUUAUCGACGCUGGCUGUUUAUGAGAGGAAAUUCAACGAUUUUCUGAGGCUAAUCAGCUGCACCCUAGGAAAUACCUUCAAAUCAGACCUCCUGCAAACCAUGCAUGAAAUUAUUGACAAAUGCUUUGAGGAUGGAGCAGAAUCAGAAAUGGCAGGCGAGAAAACCGUUGGCAAUCUUUUUCUUUGCCUUGAGAUUCUAUACCAAUCUAAUGUUCUGGAUAACGAUCAUCUGAAUAUGGCCUACACAUGGUUGCAGACCUUCUGCGCCAAUAACAAGCUUAAAAUAAAAUCUCUCGGUUUUGUGCAUAGAAUUUUGUUUGAGCUGCGAAUGCGAACCCAAACGGGGGCCUAUUUCGACACUGUGUCCAUGCUGGUUGAGCGCAAAUUCGGUCAAAUUGAGGAGGAUGAGCUCACGCCCAGUUUCACGCUAAAAUCGAUCAGUUCGCUUACAGUGGAACCGGCUAUGUUCGCGCUCUGUAACGUUACGAAGCACCAGUUGGAUGAUGUGGAUCAUUUCAUUUUACGAACCAACAGCGUAUUGGGCAGGCUAAAAAUCUAUGGCCACGGAGAGAAUGACGAAUAUCUUCAUCAGCUGAAAUCAAUCGAGAGGUCAAUGUGUUCCCAGUUGGUCCAUAUUAUGUCGGUUGUCACUCAUUUGGCCAAUACUCAACUCCCACUUGGAGCAUGCAUGGAUUCGCUACUGAAGCUGCUGAUCAACGUUUACCUAUGUCUAACCAACCUAACCAAACACUUCAUCAAUCGCCAUUCGGUGACUGCAGUAUCCCAUGAUUCAACCAAAUUCAACCUCGUUAUCAAAUCGUCCAAGCCAUUGGCAGUUCGCAUCUAUAAUCUAUUUCCAUUCAUCGAGGAAAACAUCCUCGGGCAAGCCGAACAGAACGAUUCAGAUGACGACUCAAACGACAAGACAAAUAUCAAAACUGCUCAAAACGCAAAAAAGAAUCGGGAAAAGGUCCUCCGUCAAACGAAGCUCAUUCCCAAGCUGGUGUUCCGUAUCGAAACAUUCAACAAAUUUGUUUUGCUUCUGAGCAAAAAGACCAAGAAAGAUCUGACUUAUCUCCUGCACAUCGGAACUGUUCGAGACUUCCGGAUCAAAGAGCCUGCCUUGAUUGAGGCGAUCAAAAACGCGUGCGAUGGCCGAGCUGAUGUAGCUGGCUCGGAGUUCGGAGACUUGGCCGAUCUGGAUGUUCAAGAAGACGAAAAUGAGGCGCUCUUUCUUCGACCGACGGAAUCAUCGGAGUUGGUCGGCGCUGCCGCAUCACUGGGACCGGAAGAAAGUCAACUAAAUGAGCAGGAAUCGAACACAGAAACGUCCGACGUUGGUGAUGAGAAUCAAGCGUUGAAGAACUUGGCUUUACUCAACGAGCGGAGCAAGCGGAAAUCGCGCAAGAAACGAUCCAGUACAGAGGAUGACCCUGGAGCCGCGCGAGGAGGCGAUCCUGGAGCUAGUAAGAAAAGGAAAGUGACGAAAAAGAAGGCUGAAUCACCGAAAAUCAACAAGAGGGCGCUGGAGACUAUCAACGAGAUAGCAGCGGUAAAGGUGACAACGUCCAAAACGUUGGGACCCAUUCGACGUACUUCGAGGGGAUCAAAGAAGAGCUGAACAGCAAGUAGGUAUACGACAUAUUUAAGAAAUAUGCUGGUCAAAUAUUAGUAUGUAGGACCUACAUUGUAGGUACACUUGGGGUCAAUGAAAAUGUCAAUUUUAAAAACGGA